AUGGCAUUUUCCCAGUUGGGCUACCAGUACAUCCGCCCGCUCUACGGACCGACGGACCGCCAAGGGAACAACGGCAGCGGCGGCGGCGGCGGCGGUUCCCGCACCGGAGCCGAGAUGAGCCCGGCCGGUUCGCUCUGCGGCGUCCUAUCGUCCAUGUACGGCGCGCCUUACGCGGCAGCCGCGGCUGCUCAGGGCUACGGGGCCUUCCUGCCUUACGCGGCGGAGCUUCCCAUCUUCCCGCAGCUGGGCGCCCAGUAUGAGCUGAAGGACAGCCCAGGCGUCCAAGCCGCGGCCUUCCCGGCCCCUCACCCGGCUUUCUACCCUUACGGCCAGUACCAGUUCGGCGACCCCUCCAGGCCCAAGAACGCCACCCGCGAGAGCACCAGCACGCUGAAGGCCUGGCUGAACGAGCACCGCAAGAACCCUUACCCGACCAAGGGCGAGAAGAUCAUGCUGGCCAUCAUCACCAAGAUGACCCUCACCCAAGUCUCCACCUGGUUCGCCAACGCCCGGCGACGCCUCAAGAAGGAGAACAAGAUGACCUGGGCGCCCCGCAGCCGCAGCGAGGACGAGGAAGGCACGGCCUACGGCAGCGAGGACGGCGAGGGCGAGAAGCGAGACCCCGACGACGAGGAGAUCGACCUUGAGAAUAGCGACAGCGAACCCUCGGAGAGCGGCGGCGGCGGUGGCGGCGGGCCGGCGGGAGCCGGGGGCCCAACCGGGCAGGUUCUCCUGCACGUCGGGGAGGCAGGGGAAGAGGGCCGGGAGGCGGGCGCGGAUCAGGAGGGCGCGCAACCGACGGCGUUGCGCUUGCCUUCCCCGCGGGAGCCCCGCGCUGGUAGCGACACGUCGGAAGACGAGGAGGAAGAGGAGGAGGAGGAGGAGGAAGAGAGCUCCGACGGCUUCGAGGAACUGUCCGGCGCUCAGGAGCGCUUCCUGAAGGCGGUGGAAGCCAGGCGGCGCGCCACGACGGGACCCCCGCCUCUCCGCAGCCCCAGCCCGCUUCCCCAGCCCGCCCAGCCGCCCAAGCCUAAAAUCUGGUCUUUGGCAGAGACGGCGACGGCGGCGGCAGCAGCGGCGGCGGCUCUAGCGGCUUUUUCCAGACCGGCGGACCAAGCGCCGAGCGCGGAAGCCUGCGGAACAGAUCGAUCUAGUGCCUUGGAUGUAGAGAAAAAGUUAAUAAAGACAGCUUUCCAGCCAGUUCAGAGGCGGCCUCAGAACCAACUUGAUGCAGCUAUGGUUCUAUCGGCAUUGUCAUCAUCCUAGUUAAUUCUCUCUUUUUUUUUCUAAUUAUUGUUCUAAUGGUUGUAAAAUAAAAUUAUCUGUAUAGUUACAGCUCGUACGCAUGUCUGUGUAUUACACGAAGCAAACAAGUGUGUGUGUAUGAGAGAGAGAGAGAGAGCGGGAGGUCAGAACUCCAUUUCGGUUAACUCGUCUGGAUUAGCUGAAGUCGUGAAGUAUUUUUGGGUGAAGUUCUGGUGUGAGAAGUCAGUUUCUUUUUGUAUAUAGAGCCCAAUAUAUACACAGGCGUCCAAAUGUACAUAACUGUGAACCAAACUGUACAAGAAAGUAUAUACAUAUAUAUAUAUUUUGGCUAAUAAACUGUUGCCACUUUGACUUACGCUUUUUCUGAGACGAGCUGGAACUGGAUUUGCAUUUAUUUUGAUGGGGGAGAGACGUCCAUUGACACUUGGGAAAGGCAAGCCGUGAUUCUCUAAGUAGGAAAAAA